CUCCAAUCUCACUUAUCACCGGUUCUCCCGGUUUUUUUAAUCUCAUUAUUUAUUUUUGAUUUAAAACUCAUUAAUUUUUUUUCGCAUUUCCCGAAAUCAGCUUCUAUCUGCUACUCAUCAUCCUCCCCCCUUCUCCGACGAUCACCUUCGUUUUCUAUUCUGAUACAAAAGAUGGUUAAUAAUGAGGAUGGGGAGGAGACCACCUCUCGAGGAAAUGAACAGGAAGUUUUUAAUAAGACUGAUAAUGAGGAGGGAGAGGAAACCAUGCCACGUGGAAAUGAAUGGGAAGUUGUGUCACUAACAGCUUCUACUUACGCUGCAGCUCCUGGUCCAAGGGGGGAUGAAUCAAUUCACGAGGAGAAGGAUCCUACAUUAGGUGAAGAUUGCGGAGCAGAAACUUCUAGAGCUCUUUUUAUGUCUGGUCACUUUGUUUUCCCACCAAGUCAGCAUGAGAACUUGCCCAUAGAAUCUGAAAACCUUGAAAGCUCCAAAGGAGUAAAAGAGGAUGACGCUGGGGAACUGAAUGUGGAUAAAGAGAGUAAAACUGAGAAGAAGGAAGAGGAGAACUGGAGUAUAGAAGGAUUCAAUGUGCCUGAGAAGUUUCCUGGUAUUCCAUUUCUUGAAGAGAAGGGCACUAGAACAUCAAUUCAAGGUCCAGAAUUAGAUGAAUCAACAACUCUACAUCAUCUGGCUGUUGAUGACAAAGAACAAAAUGUGUACGGGACUGCUAAAUUUGGUUCAUUUCACAGUGAAACAGAGAUUGGUGGAUCAGCGAUUUAUGGUGAAAGUGUUGUGAGUGAUUUUGUUGAACCGUCUGAUCAUAUCUUAGAUCCUUCAUCUUUCAUAUCCAGGACUCCCAAAUCCGGUGAAGAAGAUGAAUCUGAUGACUCUAAGCUCCCUUGUGGAGCUUGGUGGAAACGAAGAAUGGUCUCUUUAUGUGCUCAAGUUAAAGAUACAAAUACAUUUUGGUCUGUUUUCGUUGCGGCCGCCGUGAUGGGUCUUGUUAUUCUUGGGCAACGAUGGCAGCAAGAAAGGUGGGAGGUUUUGCAGCAAAGGUGGCAGCUCAGUGUUGGUGAUGAGAAAUCAGGAAGGAUCUUAUCACGCCUGAAAGAUGUGAUUGUUGGAGGAAGUCGCCGUAGUACAUAUAUCACUGCUGCCUCGUCUGAGUAAAAUCCGACCGUUGAGAUGAUGACGAAAAUUGAUGAUUGUGAAAGAAACGUGAGGUGCAAGUCAUACAACAGAGCCAUGGUAUAGAUUGUUGUUGGAGUGUGAUGAUUCAAAUGACAUUCUCACGGAGCUAAAAAUAGCUUUAAUACUUUUGCUUGAUUUACGUUGCUGUAUUGUUAAUAUUCGUAGCGGGAUCAUAGCUUUAUAGUUCCAAAAAUGACUUUGCUUGGCCUUGUAAUGGAGAUGGGACUUGGGAGUGGUCUGAAACUUAGCUUAAUUGCAAAAGUCUAAUUACAUAGUGAAAAUUCUGCUCACAACGGUGUAAGCUGUACAGUUAUUUUGUGUUUGCAUUUGUUAUCAUUGUGAA